UAUCAAUUAGGACGUUCGAAUACGGCAUAUUGCUAAUACAUUCUGUAAAUACUUCGUGUCUCAUAUUUGUGUUAACCCGAUGGAUUAACAGCUGUUAUCUUGAAAACCCCAUUUAUCAAUGUUUAAAAAUACUUGGAAGCUCAACGCCAUGGUUUCAUAUUCUUAAUGUUAAUGUUUACACAAUCUAUUUAUCGUUUGUAUUUGUGCAUAAAAUUGUUGUUGUGGGGAAAUUACCUUGCUUUAUUUAUAUUGCUGCUAAUAGACUUGAAGUAUUACCAAGUUGACAGAAACAAUGAAUAUUCUGGAUUUUUCUGAAUGUUCAAUUCUGAAACCAAAGGUGGAUGAAAACACGAAACGAUUAGUUGGAAAUGAAUUAUAUCAUGCUUUGUCUACAGUCGGAUUUACUUAUCUCCAGAAUACAGGUAUACCAAGCGAAUUACUUGCCAAAGUUUUCGAAAGAUCGAAGCAAUUUUUUGAUUCAAAACCCGAAGUUAAACAACAGUUUUCCGACGUGAAGAAUUUCAAGGGAUAUGUUCCUUUGUAUACAGAGGGAACUAAUGUGAAAAGAUCAAAAGACAUUAAAGAAGCCUAUAAUUUCAACAUGAUUAACGAUGAAAAUAAACACAAAUUGUGUCCAAUGAAUGAUGUGCCAGAAUUUUAUGAUUCAAUGAAACAAUUUUCCGAGAUUACCAAAAAACUGGCAGUUCGAAUAUUAGAAGUUUUAAGCGAAGGAAUGAAAAUUAAGGAUAAAUCAUAUUUGAUCCGAUGUCAUUCUCGAAUGAGCGGCAAAAACAACUUUACAACGUUAAGAUCUUUGUAUUAUCCACCAAUUCUAAACGAUUCAACAGUAAAACCGAAUCAAAUUCGACUUGGUGAACAUACCGAUUUCGGCUCAUUUACAUUGUUGUUUCAGGAUCAGAUGGGAGGAUUAGAGGUCAAAAAUCAGGAAGGAAAAUUUAUUGAAGCGAAACCUAUUUCUGGAACCGUCAUUGUAAACAUUGGUGAUAUAUUGCAGUUAUGGUCAAGUAGAAGAUUAAAGUCAACGGAACAUCGUAUCAUGAUUCCAAGUGAUGAAUCCAAACGGAGAACCCAUCGUCAGUCCAUCGUAUACUUUGUUCAUCCGGAUUUCGAAACCAAACUCAGACCAAUCGAGUACGAAUCAGAGUCGGCAUCUGCUGAUCGACCUAAGUUUGUUGAUGACGAAAAUAUCGUGACAGCGCAUGAAUAUGUAACUAAUCUACUCGAAUCGCGUUGGGAUUAGAAUAUGGCCUUGUGGAAUGUCGUACAAUGAAUUGCCUACUAAAACUAAUGCCGAUUUAAAACGCUGCCUCUAAAGUAUUUUACUAUUGUUUUAAAUUUUUCAAAAUGUGCACCAAUCACCUGAAUAAAUAUUUUAAAAUGAAAAA